AUGCCUCUAAUGGAGGGUCAAGUAGCAGACAAUUCAAAUUCCCUGUUCAUAGAGCUGGAAAACCUAUUGCUAUGGCGCAACUGGCAGAAAUCGGCAAUCAUUUUCAUGGGUAUUUUGCUUAUUCUGGUGGAUGUUGUUUACCAUUCGAUAAUCAGUGUGGUCAGCAUGACUUGCAUCACCAUGCUACUAAUAUCUAUUGGCUAUCGCUGUUUCGAUCACUUUAUGCAGUCGUGGAAUAAGACGGAUUCUAUGGAACAUCCAUAUCGUUGCUAUUUAGAGAUGGAUUUCAGUAUUUCACGAGAGAAGGCCAUUUAUUUGGUAUGCCUGAUUGUGGACAAUUUGAAUAUUCUACUGAUCAAGUGCCGUUCUCUCUUCUUUGUGGAGAAUAUCUGGGAUUCGUGUAAGCUUCUGCUAGCUUUAUGCGGUAUUAAUUUAUUGGGCGAUUGCUUCAAUGGCCUAACCCUUUUAGUCUUAGCCUACAUUAUGAUCUUUACAUUGCCAAAGUUAUAUGAAUGGAAUAAGGACAUCGUUGACAGACAAUUGGAAAAGUUUCUACUACUGCAAUCAAACGAUUCACAAUUGAUAGAGGAAAAUUUGGCCGAGGAGGCUGUAAUAGAGCCAACAACUGAACAGAAUCUUUACAAAGUAUGCGAUAAUAUGGAACUAUUUGAACUACUCGUGGAGGAGCAUGGCGAUGGAUGUUGCUGUCGUGAUUGUCAGGAUAUCGAUGCCAUUCCGAUUGAGGCUCACUAAAAAGUUGCAUAUGGGCUUCAUAUUUGUUUUUACCAUAUUCAAAAUAUUUAUAUUUUCUGAACCAAUGUAUUUGAAAUUUCUAGAUUUGUAUGAGUUGAAAAGAGUUACGCUCAGAAUUUAUGUGCGGCAAUUAAAACGAUGUGAAAAUGUA